AUGGCCACCUCAACACCCAUUCCCAUUCUCACUAUUUCCCUUGCUCGUUAUCUCCACGGAUACGGCGCAAGCGAAAGUCUCGCAGAACAAUGGUCCGAGAGCAAAGUCCCUGCCUCGACAUCAUCCCGCUUCACCAACAUCGGCUUUGACCUCGACGAGCAGGGCGCCAACUUUGGCGAACUUGAGUCGCAGCUCAGAGAGAGGGAGUGGAGCGGAAUAAUUGUCGGAUGGUGUUCUCGUGGUAACAUUGAGUUCACCGAGCUAUUCGAGUCAGUCGUUACUAUCUGCGUUGACUACAUCGUCGAAACAAAGAAGGGGGAUACAUCGCAGAAGGAACCCAAGCUGAUCUUCUGUCGCGGACCGGAUGACUUUGUUAACGCGACGCUGCGCAAUUUUCCCAAUUAA